AUGCCUGAGAUUGUAAUAUUUUUGGGUAAUCUGAAAAAAGUCCAUACUUCUCGUGCAGAAUCUCUAGGAUUUGUUGUAAACACCACGAUCACCGAGACUGCGAACUACGUCGUUUGCGGUAAAGAUGCUGGGAUAAAAGCAGACAAGGCCCGAGAGCUUGGUCUUACAAUUCUUGAGGAAGAAGAAUGGGAAGAAAUGCUGAUCGAACGCGAGAAAGGGGACUCGGAUAAAAGUGUGGACGGGAAAAAAGUGAUUAACAAUGGCAACGAAAACACAGACGAAAAUUUGUUCAAGAAACCUACAACUUAUAUGACAGCAGGGAGUCAGUAUUGGGAAAUCAAACUUGAUGGUCGUAAAACAUAUAUCAGGACCGGGAAAGUUGGUGAAAAGGGGCUUAUAAGUAAGAAAGAGCACAAGAGUUGGUCUGAUGCUAAACAAUCAAUGACCGACUUGGUGGAGAGGAAAAAGAGGCAAGGAUUUCAAAGGCAGCGCAAACCAGCUCCUAAUAUUUCGGAGUCCAAUGCUACAAGAAGAAAGCGACAAAAAAUCGACGAUGAUAGUGGUGCGUCAAGUACAGCUUCGACUGUUGAUGACGGUAUUGACAUGGUGAAUUCGUCAACUGACGAAGAUGUGGCGAACAUGUCCAUUGCUUUAGCCGGUGAUGGGCAUCACAAACCAAUCUUGGGAGAAAGAGCCGAUAAGAGUAGUGAUGAAAGUUCCUCGGAUAACUUGACAAAUUACAUUUUCAAAAGGUCACCUGGUUUGCCAUCCUCAAUUACAAGAGCAAAACCCGUUUCUAUUAUGAAAGGCCGUGUUCCUGAGCUUUUGCUUGCACAUUCUUGGAAAGAGGAUGAGGUCGAUCCAACGGGAUGGUGGAUUUCCGAAAAGCUAGAUGGAUCAACUGUAAGCAUAGUGAAAGCUGGUACAGACGAAUGGAAGUCGAUUAUAUAUGAUAUCUUUGAUGCACCUUCAUACAAGAAUGCACCAUUUGAGGAUCGUAUGUUAUUUAUUGAGGAUAUGUUCGAAAAACAAAAACCGACCUAUGGAAGAAUCGUUCAACAAAAACUCUGUAGAUCAUCUCAGGACGUAUGGGAUGAGUUGAAGCGAGUUGAAUCAAUCGGGGGUGAAGGGUUAAUGAUACGAAAGCCGAGAAGUGAAUACGUGUGUAGUCGUUCAAAUGUAUUACUAAAGGUGAAGUCAUUCUUUGAUGGAGAAGCACUCGUCGAAGGUUACGAGCCGGGAAAAGGAAAAUAUCAUAACAUGUGUCAAGAUCUUUCCGAUAGCGGUAAUCCACGAUUUCCGACGUUUGUAGGAAUCGCUGCGGACAAAGACAAGCCCAAGGACCCUGAUUUUGGUCACAAGUUGAAACUUAAAUGA